AUGCCCCUGCAAUAACAAAAAGGUUAACUGAAAAUGGUGGAGCAAAACACACAGGGGGCCGCAAACAGUGUUUUGACACUGGCUUUUGCUGCUCAAGUGCCUUUGAAACACGCAUUGGACCAACUAAAGUCCGAGAUAACGGGCAUGUAUAAUAUUAAUUUUUCAAAGUGCAAGUGCUUUUUGUACCAAACUUUUCGAAAUCCUUUAGUUUAACAGGUUACUUGGACCAAGAUAAAAUAAGAGAACUUAAAUUAACCACACCCCUCGUUUUAUCUCCCUUUCCACAUCACGAUUUCGGAGGAUAGGGCUCUGUUGUCCGAAACAAGACUAACUUUGACAAGAGCAAGCCUCUUAAAAUUCGUUGCUCUCGUUGCUCUUAAAGUUCUAUCGUAUUUUAGUAAGGUGACUAUCCUCUUUUUCUUGGUCAACUUUCGUGUUUUGUAUGACCUUUACGGAGGCAAAGUGACGAUGUGAUCUAUUCUUUCAACUAUAGUUCAAACGUUCAAACAAUGGGUUCUAUCGACACGCAUAGUUGAGAACAAUCAAACUCAAGAAUCACAUUCACUGAUUGGUCAGUUUUUGGAAAUUGAGGUCUGUGUCGAAGAACCAAACUCUGAAAGAUGGCGAUUUUGUGAGCGGCUAGGCUCUACUUUUCAUUUCCAUCUUCUAACAUGACAAGACGAAACUUUUAUCCAAGCGGCAAACUGUAAACGAACGAAGGUUGUUUGCGAACUCUAAUACUUAUUACAAUAUCCUGAAAUACAUAACAAGGGGCGAUACGGUUAGCGACCUUAAACUAUUUCUAUGGUCUUACAUGUCCGAAAUCGAACAAAGUACUUAACCUUAUUUUUUGUUCUUGACUUGAGUACUUGACAAUGCUGGCGGAUCGACAACCUUUCAUUGCUAACAAAAGCUCCUCUUCAGUAUGGCUUUUUUAACGACUAAUUGUUUAGAACUUUCUCCUUUUGCUUGAAUUUUGUUCAAUGCUUAUACUUUAUUUCCCAGCCGUGUAAAUAUAGCAGCUCAAAUGACAUUCUUGAGUUGCUGAAUAACGCUAAGGUCAAAAGACUUCAAAAUCGAGAUAAAACAAGCUAAAAUUACGACUAUCAGCCUUUGAAUUACACGUGAUUGAAAAAUGCAGAGCCGCCAUUUUGAUGACGUCAUGCAAACUUUAAAUAGAAAUACCUCGUUAUCUACAAGUCCGAGAGAGUUUACUUUUCAGAACUUUUUGCUCAUAUUACAAUGCCAAAAAAGAACAAAACAUAAGGUUAGGUACUUUGCUAGAUUGCUGUUGGAAAUUCCCUGUCUACAAGGAAAAAACAGAAAAACAUUACUCUGCAUAAAAUGUUGCCUGAAAUAGACUACUAGGUAAUUCUAGAAACAGGGGGAUUCACAGCAUGGUGCAAUCCUAAAGGCUGUACCAGCAUGCGCAGGAGAUAUUUUGACAUUCAAGAACGGUACGCUUACCGUACCGCUUUCCGUUUUUGAAAGUUUAAGUCAAGGCAAGCUUCUUCCGCGUAAUUUGUACCGUUUGACCUCUCAGCCAAUCAUGUUCGAGGCAUUACGUCAUAACUUCAGCAACAAGCUGUGCUUCGUGCUGAAUCACAGUCAUACUGAAAUACUUUGAACUACUGAAAUACAUGAACUACUGAAAUACUUGUAAAUAGUCAUACUGUAUAUAGUCAGUAUGAAAUAGUCAUACUGAAAUACUUGAACUAGUUUAACUUUCAUCGAUGAAAGCUGGCAGUGUUGUAGAGUCCCCUUGUAAAUGCCAAUAUUAUAAAGAACCCUUUCCUACUUUUUUGCUUUUCUUUUUGAGAAAUUUUUCGUGAAGGCCCCUCCUGUAUUUUUCACAGCAACACCAGUAAUUUCAUAGUUCCCUGGGGGGGGGGGGACUUUCCUUUUUGCUUUUUUCUUGAAACUGUUUCACUCUUUUAUGCUCUUCUCGCAAUUUUUUCUCUGUUAACUUUUCAAUCUUCUUUCAAAAGAAAAAGCAUCAUAAAGUUGUUUAGCAUAAACAUGCCUUCUUUCCCCUUCCUCGAGCAUGUUUCAUUGCACGAAAUGAAAAUGGAGAGGAAGCCAAGUGGAAAUGAAGUGGAAAUCCACCAUUAUGCGGGAUAAUCCUAAAACAAUACUGGUAAUGCUGCAUGGUGUUGUGUCACGAAGACAAAACAUUAGAGAGAGAUUUCCUAAAGGCUGGAAUACAUUAGGCUAUAAUGAUUGCUGCAUUUAGUUGUCUGGCAUAAAAUGCCUAGUGUAUUCCAGGCUAAGAUGCCACGCAAUAGAUGAAGAGUUAUGUAUUCAAAAUGAUAAAAAUCUCAAAGCUAAAGCUGGCAUUAUUUCAGCUGUAUAACAGCAUCUGUGCCUUUAAGGCCAAAGGAAAAUUUAUCAAUCAUAACGAAAGAAUUUGAAAAAGAUUCCCCCUCAUCAUCGGAGACCCUGGCUUAUGAUAGUUUAUGGUCAUCAUCGAUUGUUACGGCACAUCGAGAAGAGCAAUAAAUUUAUAUCUAUCCAACCAAAACCACGCAAACUUUGGCUGAAUUUGUGUAAUUUUGCCUAAUUAACUCCUCUUCUUCCAUCCUUCCUUCCCGUAAUAUAUUUAGCGAUAAACAAAUGAUAUACUCAUAAGUUUAAAAUUAAAAAAUAGAAGGAUGGUUAGACGAUCUGGGAUCCAGUUUGUUUUUGAAGUCAUGUGUCAAAACAAAAGGGCGGAUGCCUGGAUAGAUUUACUUUUCUGCUUUAAAACUUUAAAACGUUUUGGCCCAUCAGUGGACUCUUUCUAUGGAAACCUUAGGCAGGACUGUAAAUAUGCACAUUAAUGUACCUAAAUACACGAUUUUGAUAUAGCGAAUCCACCAGGUAUAGCGUUUUGAGGCUUAUGAUUAGUAUACCCCUUUAAACCUGGGUAACCCCAUCCUUGCUUCUAGGGAUGAUACCAGCAAAGGUGUAUCAAAGUCUUGUAGCCAUGUAUACAUGAUAAAGAAGAAAUUAAUUCUAUAUUCACGAGUACAAUGAUAUUGAUAUAGAGUACCGGUUGAGGCAAAGCAAUUCUUUGCGUAAAAAAUAAUUCAUUAACAAAGCAAUGGCGCACGUGGAAAAGACAACAUUUGGUUUUAAUAAAUAGUGAUUUAUCGAUAGGGGCGUGGCAUUGCGAUAUGUUGAAAUAUAACGUAAACAUUGAGCCUUAGAGUGGAUUAGCCAACCUUUUAAAAUACUAUACCUCAAUUGCAACACAUCUCAGGUUACCUUCAGGUUAGGGGUCUAGAGCACAGGCUGGCAUCACUACUCAUUUUUUCGUUUUCAUAUUCAUUUAUCAUAUAUUUACAGGAUAAAUUGUUUCAGUAUAUACAUAUUUAUAAAAAAUUAGUAGAUUACAUUAAACUGCUUUCCGAACAAGUCCUGUAAAGAAAAACAAAGGAAUAUAAAAUAAUAAAUGGUUUACUAAAUGAUCUUAAUUUAUAAAUGAUCUUAAUUUACAUUUCCUACGUUGUUUGAGGUGUUUUGAUAAAUUCCAAAUUUACAUUUUGAGAAAAAGAUUAUAGUCAUUUUUCAGAAAAAUCUUUGCCCUGGAUAUGUAAAAAACGUCGAAAAUUUUCAAUUUGCGGAAAACUUUAUUUGCUCAAAAUAAACCUAAAAUGCCUUAAUUUCACUUUAAACAAGCAAACAACCAACGACAUAGGUUCAUGUACAAACAUACGUCCAAGCAACUGUGCAGACACACGCCCCUUUUAUUUAGACACUACUAAACAAAUGGAUCCCAGAUCUCCUGACUGCAUAAAAUUGUUUAACAGCGCCCAGUGCCAACUAGCCUGCGCGCAGUGCCAAUAGAGUACCGAAGUGAUGACGUCAUUAAAAAAAUCUAUUUUUAGAAUUUCUGAAUUUUGAUCCCAGAACCUAAAAAAGCAUCAUGAAAUACCUCUAAAAAUGCAAAAUCAGUUAAAGGCAUUACGAAUUGGCUGAGAUAUGGCCACUUGAGCACAGGCUUUUGCCCCAUCAAACCUCUGUAAUUUGGUCUUGGUUCAUAACUUUAUGAACCAGGCCAGAAUAACAGUAAUCCGUUAGCAAAAUUCAAAUCUUCUAUUGGCUAUAGCUCACCCAAUUUUUGACAAAUUUAACUGAUAUUGCAUAAAUGGGAGUAUUUUACAGUGUUCUUUCAGAUUAUGCGGCCAAAUUCAAGAAAUUCUAAAAAUAGAUUUAUGAUGACGACACACUUCAGUACUCUCUGAGGUUGGAAUUACACAAUAUUUUCAGCUUUCUGACCAACUGUAAUUGUCUUUUCAACAAGCAUGUGACAGUUCUACUUUUAUUUACUAAACAGUAAUUAAACCUGAAAUUGUUUUUGUCAUUUGGAAGUGUCAUGUGUCGCGAAAGGCCCAUCAAAUGACAUAUUUACAAAAAAGAUAAAAUUUUAACGACAAAAUAAUGAAUAAUGCUAAGUGAGCAAAAUUGAAAUAUCAAUGAACGGGAAAUUUCACAAUUGUCUUCUCAACCUAUCGAAACUCAAAAGCAGAACUUUGCACACUCUGCAAAUCUAAAAAAAACUAAUGCAUAAAAUGAUGACGUCAUCGACAAAAAUGCGGACAUCAACAAAAUUAAAACAUUUCAAUGCACAGGCCUGCACAAGCUGGGGCAAUAAGGACUAUUUUAUAAGCAAAGUAAUUCAAAUGUUAUAGCCGUUAAGAUGAUUGUUUCAAGACAAUUAUCGACGUUAUCGAUCACGUGACUUCCUCGGAAAAUCAAUCAGUUACCAAUAGACAACCAUAUUAUGAAGUUAGAUUUGGAAAAAGAUACUUGCUUAGUUUGUCGCAACAAUUUCCCUACCAGUGGCACGAGUGGAGACAUGCGCCGCAAAAUGAUGGCAAUUGUCAUUAAAAGUAGCCUGCGUCACAGACCAUACGGAGGCGGAAAUCUUAUGAUUUCUGGUUUCAUAUGUUCUUUCACGCAGAAUAAAACAAUAGCAGCAUUUUAGCUCAUUUGCAUAUUCACAUAUAAGUAGAUAUGGUCAAAAAAUGAUUCCAGACUUAUUACCAUUUUCAGUUUUUUGGAGAAUAUCAUGAAUCGUAAAAUAAACUUAAGAAUUGGUUUUUUCUACAUCAUUAGCUGGUUUUUUGGAUCAGAUGCAAAUAACCUCUGUAAGCAGACAGCAGCCAUGUUUGCAAUCGGAGUAUGCGAGAAGAAGUUUGAGCAGUUUUGUUGUCCUCCAGUCGGAGCAGCAAACGCGACAUGGGGUGCUUCAGACUGCUCAAAGGAGAUAAAAUCAUUUGCUUGUCGCGGAGGUUUUUAUAAAUCGAAUGACAAUUCAGUACUGCCUUGUCCUGACGGUUAUUUUUGUCCUGCGUUAAAAACAUGCAUGCUGCCAUGCCCAAUUGGGUCCUAUUGCAAAAGAUCAAGACCGGAUCCAAUAUUAAACCAAUCCAGCGCCUUUGUUACUUGCCGGAGAGACGGUACUGUUAUACAGCCAGUUGAUGUGGGAUCGAGGUGGUCGUGUCCCGGAGAGAAGGCACCAAAUAUCUGUGAAAACGGCUACUUUUGUUCAACAACAAGGACAAAAAAAACAUGCCCUAAAGGAUACUUCUGCAGGUAUGGAACAACCGUACCACAAAAGUGUACAUUGUCAAUAUCUUGCAAGCAAGAGGGCCAGUCUAGUUUAGCUAUCGACAUAUGCAUAAUGAUUGGCACUUGCACUUUCACCAUUUUAGCUAUUGUUUACUUGAUAUCCGCACAUCAGAAGUCAAUGACAAAAUACAUAACAAAAAGGAUCAACCGAGUUCAUCCUUUCACUGAUACGCAUGUAGCCAGCCUUCCAAACAUAACUUUUUCAGUUGGUAUAUCGCAACCUGCUGUGAUAAAUGUUAGGGAGGAAAAAGAUAAAGUCAGUAUUCAGUUUGAAGACUUAAAAUACAAGAGCGACGAUAAAGAGAUCUUGAAAGGAGUUAAUGGCGAGUUUGAAGCAGGAUCACUGACUACUGUUUUGGGCCCAAGUGGAGGCGGCAAAUCUACAUUACUGAAGAUACUAAGCGGAAAGAUUCCGACAAAAAGCAUCAAGGGUAAUAUAAUUGUCAACGGUUCAAAAGUCAACUCCACAGUUCUCCGAGAUAUUAGUGGAUUUGUUCCACAAGACGACGUUAUGCAUUCGAAUUUGACACCACGAGAAAUCAUAACCUACCAAGGAAUGCUUCGUUCAAAGGACUCGAGAAAAAUUAUUCAUGACAGAGUUUCUAAAGUUUUAGAAAUUCUUGAUAUUACCAACGUCCAGCAUUCGAUAAUAUGCGAUCGCUAUGGAAAAGGCUUGUCAGGAGGGCAACGUAAAAGAGUAAACAUUGGAAUGGAGCUGAUAGCUGAGCCACUGGUGCUUUUCCUAGACGAGCCUACGAGUGGCUUAGAUAGUGCGACUUCACUUUUGGUAAUGAAGAUUUUACUAUCUUUGGCAAAGAAAGGACUAACAAUAAUAUGCGUUCUACAUCAACCUCGUUAUGAAGUUUUCAUGAUGGCGAAUAGCAUCUUGUUUCUUAGCAAAGAUGGAAAAGCCAUUUUCCAAGGAACGCAGAGCAAAGUAAUCGACUUUUUCAGUACUCUAGGAGUCACCACACCCACGAAUGUUAAUCCAGCGGAUCGUUUUAUGGAUUAUAUCACAAAAGUGACCUGGAAAAAUGGUGCAGUAAACGGAGAAUCCAACUGCUCAGUGCAACAUCGGGAAAUUAAACAAAGUCCGGGAGCAGAACAAAAAGAACUGAGAAAGCCAUCGCUAGUGCAGCCAGGAUUUGCGUCGCAGUUAUGGGUAAUUUUAAGCAGGCAAUUUUUGCUACAGUGGCGAAAUGCAAAAAUUAUUAUAUUAAAUUACUUGUUAAGCAUCGUUGCUGGGUUGUUUCAUGCCAUCAUGUACAAAGAGGUUGACUUUGAGCAGGUCCUGUCUAUGGCGGUAAUGAGUAACUUGAUUAUGGGGGCUACGUCAAUGCUUAUUUCAGUUCGACAGUUCACUGACAAUCGAAAAGAGCUACUUAGAGAAGUUAAUGCAGGGGUGCGAGUGACCAGUUACUACCUGGCUGUAGAAAUAUCCUAUCUGCCCCAUAUGAUACUUCUACCAUUGGCAUACUUUUCCUUGAACUAUCCGAUCGUGUUCCCUAGAGCAUCCUUCAAAGAUUACUACUUCCUUGGAGUAAUUGUCUACUUCAGCACGUCUGGGUUUUCCUACCUAGCAUCGGUGAUCAUGCAUCCACAAAAUGCCCAGAUGGCAGCAGUUGUGUAUGGCCUUGUUUGUUGCUUAUUUUCUGGCACCAUCAAAAGCAUAUGUGAGAUGUACAAAUUGCCUAUAAUUGGCUGGCUUGUGUGUAGCUUGUCGUAUUCCAGAUGGUCAGUGGAAUAUAUAUUCCACUUAGAGCAAUAUAUGAUAAAUCCAGUAUUACGCCCAGCUGCAGAAUAUUUCAGAUACAGAAAUGACUAUCCAUUAGACAAUUUGUCUGUAUGUUUGACUGUAAUGAUAGGUAUGGGACUUGCUUAUAGAGUUGUGGCUUUUCUUAUGUUCAAAUUUAUUGUCUGUAAAAAGUAAUUAGAACUUUGAUAGCAUGCAUUUUAUUCUAGACAUUUAGACAUUCUAGACAUUCUAGACUUUUAUUCUUUGAUAGCAUGCAAGGUAUAUUCUAGACAACAACUUCUAGGUUCUAGAUAACCGUUUUUAGGUUCUAGACGACCGCUUUUAGGUCCAAGACAACCGCUUCAACAUGCUGCAUCAUAUUUUCAUCUGCAUGGUUCGAUUUUUUAGUAUUUAUGCUAUUAGGAUAUUUUAACAAAGACGUAUAAAGGUUUAUGAAUAAAUGAAUGAAAUUCACACAAAGAUAUUAUUUUUUAAGUACACUUUUUUUAUCUAUAUAUAUAAGGAAUACUGAUCUCAAAUUUAUAAUUAAAACGAUCACAACACCCAAACAAUAUGGUUUUGUUAAUCACAAUGUUCCAACAAAGCACUUACAAAUAACUAUACUUUAGACAAAACAAAGAACAAAUAAACUAAAACAGACACUGAUUAUGGAAUAGUUCUUGUUCAUAUUGAUGUAUCAAAAUUGAGUAUAUUGUGCAAAAAAGUCAAUGCUGCAACGUCGAUUAUAAAAAUUAGUCAACAAUCAUUUCCUCACAAAAAAGUUUAAAGUUUCUACCCGCCAAAAAGGUAUAAAAUUGGGAAUGAUAACCACAAGAUUUCUGCGAAAUGGAAGUGAAGUAGGCAAACUUGCCCGAAGAAAAACAAAAUUUGUAAGCCAUUUCACAACUUUUUGGCAAUUUUGAUAAACUGCAGGUUUCAUAUCUCGUUUUUAACAUCGCUAAAUGACAAUCAAUGAUGAAAAUAAGCUAGCAUCAGACUGAGGCGCAGACUGGGACGCUCGCCAAAGACGGGCGCAGUGGCGGAUCCUGGAUUUUUUCUGACGGGUACAAAACUGGGUAAAGCUUUGACCACACCCUUCGUGUGCCACGCUAUUUAAUUACAGCUUCAUUUGGGCCACACUCUUGACCUGAUAAAUACACUGAGCUGAAUAAGACAUUCAAGUAAACAAUUUUCAAAAUAGCACUAUUUAAGUGGAAAUGAACAAGCAAAGGAGAAAGAUGAACACCGAUAAAAUUCCAUAUUAAUUAAACACCAUUGUAUUUCAUAAAGUUCAAUCAAAAUUUAUUGUAAAUACACAAAUUAACAUACAGGAGGUUAUUGGAACGAUGACAACGUUCAAAGUUUCAUUUUUUGAAUCCAUUCCUCUCAAGAAAGCCUAUUCGUUGUAUCUAACAACUUUUUCUUGACUUUUGUAGAAACUUUCAUUCAGAUUGACAAGCCUAGGCUUCGAAUAUGCCCUUUUAAAACAUGAAGCAACUCAUCCAAAUUCCAACCUAUACCAUCCCCCCUAGAAUAGCGUUGUAAGCAACAAAUCCCCCCAAAGAUACUAAUUAUAACUACAAAUCCCUCCGACGUAGUGCAUUUA